CAAAAUAUGUUCAAUUGUAAAAUGAACAAAUUAUGGGAAUAUCAAAAUAGGGGAAUUUUCAAGGUGAUGGAUCGGUCCAUUUUUAGGUCAGGGUGGGGGAAUGCUUUGAUUGCCGAUCGUAAGAACAAGGGACUAGAAAAAAGGAGCAUCGUAAAAUGUAAAAGAUGGCGGCGCAAUGAUAUCUUGUUGCAAAUUUGCAAAUCUUGUUUAUAAACAAACGUGGUGACUUAUUGAUCUUUUUUAUACGUGCAUUUUUUUCCUAGAAGGUGUAAACAGUGAUUGGAUAUGCCAAAUUGAAUAUAGUUUUUAGUUUGUUCAUUAAAAGUGUUUUUCUUGGUUCUCGGUAGUGUGUUUUCACAAAAAUCUACACCAAAAUGGCUUUUUUACCGUUCAUAAAAUAAUGUUUCCAACUUUCUUAAGAGUCUUUCAUUUAAACAACGAAAAAAUGGCUUUAUUCGAGUUUGGUUAGUGAUUAUUUCACAAGAAACUUCAGAACAAUGCGAAAAGUGAACAGAAGAUAGUAUUACAUUCCAGGUGUAUAUAUUUAUAAAAUGUACUUAAUAUAGGUGAUAUAACACUUUGAGACUGUUCAAGUGAAGUGAAAAAUGUCUCAAAUCCCCAAUAAAUCUCUACAGAAGAUGUGUAAAUCUCCAAAAAAUUCAAAUUUUCAAAUUAAACAGGAGAAGAUGGAAUAUGAAAAUAUGAGUACUAACUGUACAGUUGUUGGUUCCAAUAAUUUAAACUUGGUCAAGAAGCCUCAGUUAAUGACCAGCAUGUCACCAGCUUAUUCAAAUCCUAGUCCAAAUUAUCCUCAUUCACCAUAUUCAUCACCAGCAAAUAUGAAAUCUCCCUCACCGAAUCUAAAACCACCUACUCCUCAACCAAAUUUUCCCGUGAUGCAAAUCAUUCAUAAUAAUUUAAUUACACGACCAAUACAGACUUCGCAAGCUCAGAACAUCAUUAAAUUGAAACCUCAUUUAAAUAUUUUACCAAAACCAAGUGCAAGCCCCCAGGCUUCGCCUAAACCGAGUGUUAGCCCGCAAAUUGUAAUACCCGCUUCAAAUCAUCAAACAAAUGCUGCCACAGCAACACUUAUGCCAACAGCUCAACCACUUCUCCUUAAUCAAAUGCCCAUGUUAACAACUCCUGGAGUACAAUUUAUUUUACGGCCACAAACAGCCACUCCUAUGACAGCAACUGGACCAAAAAUUCAGACUGCUACCCAGGGACCUCAGGGUUUAAUUCUUCAACCUGCGGGAACAACACAGCAGUUAUUACAGUUAGGUGCUCCAGCGAGAUCACAACCAAUGGUCAGAGUUUUAACGAACGGUGUCCAGUUGGCUCCUUCAUCUACAACCUAUGUUACUACUCAGAUGACUAAUCAGCCUAUUAAUGCUACUCAAAUACAACAGACCCUUGUUAAUAACACGCAACAACAGCAACAGAUACAAGUUCAACAGCAGAUACAGCACAUGUCAAUUAAAAAGAAACCAAAAGUGAAGGUUAAGAAAAAACUGGAUUUGGCAAAUAUUAUGAAGUUAUCAGGUAUCGGUGAUGAAGAUGAUAUUCAGUUUGAAAGUGAUACAUCUCUGAGUGAAAGUGAGCAUAAUUCAGUACCUACAAUUCCACAGGGACAUCCUGUACAAACCAGCGGUUUACAAGCACAAGCCAGUUUUCUACAUAGCGAUGCUAAAAAGAAUAUUCAAAAUAUUCAGAUCUCAGCCAUGGCACAACCUGCACUUAACGCUGCAGCGCCAGUUGUUCAGGUACUGAAUCAAAAUUUUCAAAGUGGAAUGAUCUCAAAUAGUACAUCCCAGGCGAGCACUGCUCAAGCUGGUAUUCCGUUCAAUUCGUUUAUAGCACCAAAUUUUACUAUUAAUAAUGGCUUGAUGUUACAAAGAAGUGGAGGGUUUAAACUUACAGUAGGCGAAGAUGGACGUUUAGUACUUCAACAUGACCCUACUCCAAAUCAAGACCUUCAAAGUCAAUUAAUAUUACAAAGCAUACUUGGAUUAAAUGGUGGUCUUGUUUUACAACCUUCCAUGGAUCAGCAAACAGUCCAACAAACUGUGCAAACUAUUCAACAACAGUCGGUACAGACUAUACAGCAACAAACUGUGCAGUCACAAACAAUACAGACAGUUCAACAACAAACUGUGCAACCUCAAGUACAACACUCAAUUCAAUCGUUGCAACCUCAAAUACAACAACAGACUGUUCAACAAACAAUACAACAUCAGACAGUUAAUGCUUUGCAACAGCCAAUGCAGAUAGUACAACCCCAACCUAUACAUAGUAUACAUUCUCAGGUACAGCCGACAGUUCAUAGUAUAUCUCAAUCUCAGGUUCACAAUCUUCAAUCACAGAUUCAAAGUCUUUUACAGCAGCAAAAUGUGGCAGUACAGGCACAAGCUGUGCAUCAAAAUGUACCCCAAAAUGUUCAUUCACAGACUAUUCAGAGUGUUCAGAAUUUAACGCAAAAUGUUCAGAAUUUGGCCCAAAAUUCUGUUCAAAAUGUAGUUACGCAAAGUAUGCAGAACCAUGCGCAAAGUUCAAUGCAGAAUAUGGUCGCUCAAAAUGUACAAAAUUUGACACAAAGUGCAGUACAAAAUGUUGUGGCUCAGAACUUAGGUUCUCAGAAUGUUGUUGCUCAGAAUAUGUCACAUAAUACAUCAGUGCAAAAUGUUGUAGCACAAAAUCUGACUCAGGCGGUGCAUAGUAUUCCAAAUUUACAAACUGUCCAAGCUCAACCAGUGCAGUCUCCUAUACAUACUGUUCAAGGAUUUCAGCAGGCUCAUACCCAAACACAGCCAAUACUUAAAGUCCAGCCAUUCCAAAAGAGUCAACCGCCCGUUCAGACAGUUCAGCCAAUCCAGCAUCAAUCUCAACAACACAAUUUACAAGAAAAUAAUAAUCAGCAAAAUAAUCCUACAUCAUAUGUUGUUAAUUUAACACCUGAUCAGUUGGAACAGCUUAAAAGGAACGGACAGUUAACUGUUAACGGUCAAACCAUAUUUAUGCAAAGGCCUAAUAAAGACCAAAGUGAGAAAAAGCCGAGUCCUAAAACCAAAACAAUAAAAAAGGUGGCAGAGACGCAUAAGAUCCAAAGCGCGAAAUCCCUCUUGCAAGAUAAUUCUCCUGAAGCAAAUGAUAGAAAAGUGUCAAAUAUAAUUCAUGGAGAAAUGAAAUCUCCUCUGUCUCAAAACGUGAAACCAUUGUGUAGUGCCGUGGGUAAUCAUUCUGUAAAGAAUAUUUUGCCCCAUAAUCAUGUGCAACCUAUGCAGAAUAAAUCUCUUCAGCCGCAAGCUAUGGUUCAACCGUCUAUUCAGACACAAAUUAAACAUGAGAAACAAAAAAGUCCAAUAUCUGCACCCAAGCAACAAAAAGUUAGUCCUAUAAUUCAGUCAGUUCAAGAUUCAAAUGGUGCAAAUACUAGUCAUGAUGUUGAUAAGUUGUUAGGUCAAAUAUUGGAAGAAUCUAAUCCCCAAAUCUGUGUCUCUGGUAAUAAUUUACUAGACAGGCAGCCACAACAAAGAAUAACAACAAUUCAGCUUACACCACAGAAACAACAACAUUUGAAAACCAUACAAUUACAGAUAAAAUCUUUGUCGGCUAGGGCACAACCAGGCGAUACAGAGGUUCACAAUGCUCUAAAAGCUCUAUUUGCUGAACAACAAAAAAUUUUAGCCUCUGGAAAAUUGUUGCCUCCUGACAAAGUUUAUUAUCAUAAUAAUCAAUUAACGAUUGUAAAUCCGUCCAGUUUAAAUCUGCCGUCGCCCGGCUCUGUUAAAAGCGAACCGGCUAGUCCUGGUUUAAUUAAUAACCAAAAUCCUAGCCGCGCCACAAGCGUUGAAACAUCUAGCUCACAACAGCCUAGUACAACGCAAGCGCAUUCUACACCUCGUGUAUCUGUGUCGGUUUCAACUUCUACAGGUGAUUUGGCUGCUCAUUCAACAAUACAUCAUGCAGUACAUCACCCGUCAACGCAAAACAUUCAUCAGCCACGUAUGCCAAAUAGCAGCCAUCAAAAUGCAUCAAGUCACACCAAUCAUAUUAUUAGUCAAAGGUUGAAUUCUAUUGGCCAGAUAUCUCAGUUACCGCCAAUUUAUCCAAAGCAAACUCAGCUGCAAACUUCACAACUUCACUCUCCCCAGUUACUCUCACCCCAACUGCAUUCUCCAAAACUACAUUCUCCUCAAAUUACUUCUACUCAGUUACCUUCACUGCAUUCGCCUCAGCAUUCAGCAGUAAUACAAACACCUCAAAAUUUACAUCCAGUUGUUGGCGUUCAACAUCACUCAUUGCAUACAUCUCAAAAUCAAAACCUAAGUACAGCAAACAAAAAUAAACAGCGUAGUUCUAGUCCACAACAAAUUAAACCCUUACAACAUAAUUUUGUUCAGCCACAAGUUUUUCAACAAAACGUUCAACAGAUACAGCAAAACAAUAUAAAUCAGCAGCAAAGUAUUCCAGAGCAUCCAAAUGAGAAUAAUAAUACUCAGCAGGCUUACAAACUUCACAGAUCACAAGUUCAUCAAAUUACACAAUUGCCAUUAACGAAGAAGGCGCAUCUGAUUGAGACACAACUUAAUUUGGAUCAAAAUGGUGCUGCAAAACCAGAUGUACACACGCCAUUUCGAGAUAAAAAGGACGCGUGUGUGAGACUUAUUCGUUACCAUUGCAUGGACCAGUCUGUCCUAUCGCAAAAAGAUCUCGACAAGGCCGACGAAAUAUUUGAGAUUACAGCAAGGCAUUUUAUUGGAAAAUUUGAUAAAAUGGUUGACAAGUAUAAAUACCUUUUAUUGAAAGAAAGUAUGCGACAAGUACAAACUUCAGAACUUAUGAUGUUGGAUAGAAUGUUUCUCUCUGAUGAACAACAGUCUUUAAUUAAACUUCGUCAAGACUAUGAAACAGAAUUAUUAAAUAUUGCUGCUGAGUCACUUCAGUCUCAUCAAAAUGUUCAUGCAGGUUCAUCUAAUGCUGAUCAAAAUUUACAGGGAAGUCAUUCUGAUUCCGCAGGCGAGGAAGAAUAUGAUGAAUGGGCUUGUAUUCAAAGAGAAUUAGGCUGUUUACCAGACAAGAGUCAACAUUUGGAUUCGCAAAAUAGUCACUGUCAUAACAAUCGCAAUAUCACUCAACAACAGCAGCAAAUGCCGCACCCCCCGUCUCAAAUCGUCGUGAACCAAAACAGUUUAAAACGGUCGUCUAGUAGUGAUUCUCGUUUGGAGACGUUAAAACGAUUUCGUGUUGAUAAACAUACGAAAAAACACGAUCCCAGUGUAAAUAGUGUACAGUGUAGCAAUAGCAAUACUAACAUAAGUACUUCGACUUCGAUACAGUCCAAGUGCGGUUUUGACGGCACAACCUCCCAAGCAGCUACAUCUUCUUCUGUAAAUAGCAAUCCUAAAGAAGAAGAGUCUGAAAAUAACAGUAUAGACGAGCAAGUGCAGAGUGCGAUAAACAGUAUUUUGAACUUGCAGCAAAGCACAGCACAUUUACAGACUAACGCAUUGGAUUUGGAUAGUAUACUUUCAUGACGGCAUAUAUAGUUGUGGAGUAGUACUAACAUAAUUGUUUGUGUUUUUAAUAAUGGGCCCUCGAGCAGACCAUUCACUACAGCUUUGAGGGUAAAUAGUGGUUGACUAAUUCUUGAUUGUCGAGUUGUAGGUUGUAUUGUCAUUAUGUAACAGGUGGUAUUAUUAUGGCCAGUACAUAUUUUAAAAAUAUAAAACUGGACUAUGUUGGAUGUAUAGUCAGAUUUUAGUUUGCUAUUUUUUAUUUUAACUUUUGGUACAGGGUAUUUACCUAUGUUUCAGCUAAAAACUAUCUCAGUAAAUAUUGGUUUUAGAAAAAAGAGGUUAUAUUAUGUAAGUUUUAGAGUUUUGUCUGAAUCACUACAUUAUAAUUUACAGAAUAACUAAAAAUCGUAAGUAGAUAUUUUAAAACUGAACGGCCUAAUGUAACAAUAUUUUAUUCAAAAUUGUUACAUCAACUAUUAAAGAAAAUAACAAUUUUUGAAAAAGGAAGAAAACUAUCUAUUCAACUGAAGAAUCCAAUAGAUGACACUGUUAAUUAAAAUACAAGUGAAGACUUGAAGUAAAUUAGUCCAAGAUCCCAGAGCACUCAGACAUAACAUUUUCACAAGGAUGAAACCUUAGGCUCUCAGUAGUUCUCUCAUAUGCUUUGAAUACAUGUGAUACAGGCGUGUUUGGGGGGUUUGCCUUGUGCCACCUUAGCAGAUACCAGGUGAGAAAGGUAACUAAAAAUAAGAAUUAC